GACACUUCCUGUUUAUUAUUCACAACAGAGCCGAACCGCCGCGGCUACGUGUUUUGUGCAGAAUUUUGGCCAAUAAAUAUUUAUGUAGCAGACUUACCCGAUCACAACCAUGAUUCCUUACACUGUCAACAUCAAACUCGCGGCUCGGACUUUGACUGGCACCCUCAAUUUGCAGAACAAAACCGCUGUAGAUUGGGGUUGGCAGGGCCUGAUUGCUCAGGGAUGUCACUCCAGCAUCCUCAUCAUCGAUCCAAAGACGGCCCAGACUAUCCAGGUGCUGGAGAGGCACAAAGCCAAUGUUGUCAAGGUGAAAUGGUCCAGAGAAAACUACCACCACAGCCUGAGCUCACCUUACUCUCUGCGCCUGGCAUCAGGAGAUGCCUCGGGGAAGAUCAUAGUUUGGGAUGUGGUCAGCGGCACUGCCCACUGUGAGAUCCAGGAGCACUCCAAACCCAUCCAGGACUUGGAGUGGUUGUGGAAUCAAGAUGCAUCUCGCGAUCUUCUGUUAGCUGUCCACCCUCCCAACUACAUUGUGCUGUGGAACGGAGACACGGGCACCAAGCUGUGGAAAAAGAGCUACGCUGAAAACAUCCUCUCCUUCUCCUUUGACCCCUUCGAUCCCUCCAACAUGGCAUUGCUUACCAGUGAAGGGAUCGUCUUCAUCACAGACUUCUCGCACUCCAAGCCACCAGGCAGCGCCGGUAAAAAGGUCUACAUUGCCAGUCCUCAUGCAAGCCCCGCCCACACAAAGCCUGCCCCCGCUGCUGCCCCGGCGCCCACUGGUGCCAAGAAGGCCCUCAACAAGGUCAAAGUGCUGAUCACCAAUGAGAAGCCCACUGCGGAGGCGGUGACUCUGAACGACUGCCUGCAGCUGUCCUACCUGCCGUCCAAGAGGAACCACAUGCUGCUGCUGUAUCCCAGAGAGAUCCUCAUCCUGGACCUGGAGCUCAGCCAGACGGUGGGAGUGGUGGCCAUUGAGCGCUCCGGGGUGCCCUUCAUCCAGGUGAUCCCGUGUGCUCAAAGAGAUGCCCUCUACUGUCUCCAUGAGAACGGGUGCAUCACUCUCCGUGUGUGUCGCUCCACUACCACUCCUGAUGAAGCAGCGGAUCCCGAGCAGAGCGUGCAGGAGCUCGUGUACGACCUGCGCUCUCAGUGCGAUGCCAUCAGGGUCACCAAGACGGUCCGACCGUACCGCAUGGUUAUCUGCCCGGUCAACGAGAACAACGCCGCCCUCAUGGUCAGCGAUGGAAGGGCCAUGCUGUGGGAGCUCAAAGCCCACACUGGCAGGGCCGCCGCCAACCCAAGUUCGGGUCUGUCGCCGCUCUACUCCCCUGUGUCGUUCUGUGGAGCUCCGCUGGGUCCGAACCAGAAAAAGAUCCAGGACCUCUCCCUCAACACCAUGAUCGGUCAGACGCUGAUAGCGGGUGAGACUCCUCCUCUGUCGUCUAGCCAGCAGGAAGUCCAGCUGAAAUUUCUACUGACCGGCCUGCUCUCUGGUCUGCCACUGCCCCCGUUUGCCAUCCGCAUGUGUCCACCUCUCACCACCAAGAACAUCAACCACUACCAGCCCCUGCUGGCUGUAGGAACCAGUAAUGGCUCUGUGCUGGUGUAUAAUCUGACCAGUGGUCUUCUCCACAAGGAGCUGAGUGUGCACUCUUGUGAAGUCAGGGGAAUCGAAUGGGUGAGCCUUACCAGUUUCCUGUCCUUCGCUACUUCUGCUCCCAACAACAUGGGCAUGGUGCGAAAUGAACUGCAGCACGUUGACCUACCUACAGGUAGAUGCUUCGCUUUCAGAGGUGAGCGAGGGAACGACGAGCCACCCAUUGAGAUGAUUAAAGUGUCUCAUCUCAAGCAGUACUUGGUGGUGGUGUUCAGAGACAAACCCCUGGAGCUGUGGGACAUCAGGACAGGCACUCUUCUUCGAGAGAUGGCCAAGAAUUUCCCCACCGUCACGGCACUGGAGUGGUCCCCAUCCCACAACCUGAAGAGUCUGAAGAAGAAACAGAUGGCAGCGAGGGAGGCCAUGGCUCGACAGACUGUAUCCGAUGCUGAGCAGAGCAGUGUUGAGUCCUCAGUCAUCAGUCUUCUGCAGGAUGCAGAGAGCAAGUCGGAGACGAGCCAGGCCAUCUCAGCCAGGGAGCAUUUUGUAUUCACCGACACAGACGGGCAGGUCUACCACAUCACUGUAGAGGGCAACACAGUCAAAGACGGCGCACGAAUCCCACCUGACGGCAGUAUGGGUAGCAUUGCAUGCAUUGCCUGGAAAGGAGACACACUGGUGCUUGGAGACGUGGAUGGAAACCUCAACUUUUGGGACCUCAAGGCUCGUUUGUCCAGGGGAAUCCCCACUCACCGUGGCUGGGUGAAGAAAAUCCGCUUUGCCCCAGGGAAGGGCAACCAGAAGCUGCUGGUCAUGUACACAGAUGGGGCAGAGGUCUGGGACACCAAAGAUGUCCAGAUGGUGAGCAGCAUGCGGAUUGGUCGAAAUGUGAACUACCGCAUCCUGGACAUAGACUGGUGCACAUCGGACAAGGUGGUGCUGGCUUCCGAUGAUGGCUGUAUCCGAGUUUUGGAGAUGGCAAUGAAGUCUGCCAGUUACCGCAUGGAUGAACAGGACCUGACUGACCCAGUGUGGUGUCCCUACCUGUUGCUUCCCCGAGCCGCCCUCACCCUCAAGGCUUUCCUCCUGCUGCAGCCCUGGUCAGGAACCUUCACCAUGGAUAUCACUCAGGUGGACUACAAUGAGAAAGAUGAGAUAAAAGGCCUGAUCCAGGAGCAGCUCAACUCCUUGUCUAAUGAUACGAAGAGUGUGCUGCAGGACCCUGAGCUCAGCUUGCUGCAGCGUUGCCUGUUGGUCUCACGGCUGUUUGGAGAUGAGUCGGAUCUUCAGUUCUGGACAGUGGCAGCCCACUACCUCCAAUCGUUCGCCCAGGCUCGCCAGCUUAGCGUGCCCACGGCAGAGGGCCAGGCCCAAAAUGAAGGAGCCCAGCCUUCACCGCAGAACCACCUGGACAUCUGCCAUGACACCCUGUGUGAGAGCUCUUACUUCCAGAAGUUCCAGUUGGAUCGGGUUCAUCUGCAGGAGGUGAAGCGCUCCAGUUAUGAACACACUAAGAAAUGCGCCGACCAGCUCCUCCUGUUGGGUCAGACGGACCGUGCGGUGCAGUUGCUAUUGGAGACAAGUGCCGACAACCCCAGCUACUACUGUGAUUCACUUAAGGCCUGCCUCGUUACUACUAUUACCUCCUCAGGCCCAUCCCAGUCCACUAUCAAACUGGUGGCCACCAACAUGAUAGCCAACGGCAAGCUAGCAGAGGGAGUGCAGCUGUUGUGUUUGAUUGACAAGGCGGCGGAUGCCUGCCGCUACUUGCAGACCUACGGGGAGUGGAAUCGCGCCGCCUGGCUGGCCAAGGUGCGGCUGAACCCGGCAGAGAGCUCAGAUGUGCUGAAGCGCUGGGCAGAGCACCUGUGCUCCCCGCAGGUCAACCAGAAGUCAAAGGCUGUCCUCGUUCUGCUUUCCCUGGGCUGCUUUCACAAAGUGGGAGAGAUGCUUCACAGUAUGAGGUACUUUGACCGCGCUGCGCUCUUCAUCGAAGCCUGUCUGAAGUAUGGGGUGAUGGAGGCCAAUGACUCUUCCAAUAAGCUCAUCGGAGCUGCGUUUGUGGACUAUGCGCGCCUGCUGCGCUCGCUGGGCCUGCGGGAGGGCGCCGCUCUGUGGGCGUCGCGGGCGGGCAGCGCCGGAGAGCAGCUGAUGGAGGAGCUGUUCCAGGGAGAGGGAGCCGUGCCAGAGGUCACGCCCGGCGAGGAGGAAGUCGAGCUGGGUCAAGAGAGCACCGAGUGACCUCGAGCAAGUGGAGGUUCACAGGAGAAGGGAUGAGGUGCUCUUUGUUGAUCAAGGGUCAGAUAAUCCCUCUGUGUGAUUCUCAGCUUAUCCAUUGUGAAGGAAAAUGUAACACUGACUUUGUGUCAGCGUCCAGGAGCAACAUGGUCUUCGUCUCGACAUCAAGAGAAGAAAACAGAGAUGAGGAGCGUCCUCGAUGCUGAAUUGUCCGUCUGUCACUGGAGUCUGCCUGUGUCUGUGAAACUGUAAUGAGUUUGACGUUUCUUGACGUUUCAUAUGACCAGUGUGUGGCGUCUGCGUGUGUAUGCAUGUUCCCUCCCCAGUAAUGGUCCCAAAUGAAAAAGACAUACAUUCUCAUUCCCUCCAUACAUGGAGUAAUUCUCUUCACUGUUCAGCUUCACAUCAGUAUGUCUGUGUUUCUUGUUAACUCAUUUGACAUUUUGAAUGGUCUUUAGUUAAGCUUUAUUUUGUGUGCCUCUUUGAUUUUUUUAAGAAAGAUUUUUACAGUACUGUGCUAGCUCUGUAGGACUAGAUUUAAAUUAAUUUGCCUUUUUGCUGCUGAGCUGAAAUGUGGAGCAACAAAAUUAUCCUCAAAUAUGUUUUCUCCUUCAUAUAAUGCUCUCCCUUUAUAUAUAUAUAAAAAAAGGCUGGAAUCAUCACCAGCCCAUUCCAUGACUGAAUUCCAAAAGUUAUUUUUUGCACUUUCAAUUUAACCAAAUGCACCGUAUUAUUUGAAUGAUAAUUUUGGUUCAGUGACCAUCCUUGCAACACUUGAGACACAAAUCAGAGCAAUUCUCCAGAUACAGAUACACAAUGGACUGCACAUUUGAUCUGCUGUAGGUAGCGCUGCAUAAGUGACUGACCAAAGCCUGGUACUGCAAAGUCUCUGCAGCCAUAAGUCUGAGAAGGAGGUAAUAAAAGUUAGCCAGGCCACCCUGCACUUAUUAGAGAGUAUAUAGUAUAUAUAAUCCCCCAAUGCACAGAGGGGAGAAUAUGACCACUGGCACCUGAGUGAUCCAAUUGCCUUUGGUUGUCUGUGCAGUUUUCGUGUGACCCGCCCCCUGUUUAGUUAAAUAGAUGCUGGUUAAAAAAAUACGAAUGAAAUUGUAAUAUUGUAAUACAUGUGUUCUGUAUUCUUUAAUGGUUUUAUAAUGAGGGUAUUAUUUGGUUUGUGGUUUGUGUGUGUCUUACAAGAAUAACUGUCAAAAUGUAUUGUAAUACAGUUUUAUUAGACCAUGGAUCUGUCAUUCACAUACCAAAAAAUGAUCUGUGCAGCUCCCACUGUCGCUCAUCCUGCCACACUGUUUACAGAACUGGACUUUUCAUCAUGUUUGGACUUGUCAUCACGUUUCCGUUGCCUCAUCUCAGUUAGAAUCGAAAAUAUCCACGGACGAUCAAAAAUAUGUGUCGUGCAAUGUGAAUGAGAUUUUCGUGCGGUGUUUCGUUGCGUUUUAAGAUGUUUAGUUGUUCUGAAGUGAGCUAGUAACUUCAUCCGUGUGGGAUCUUUGGUGUGUUACCGUGAUUCAGAAACAUGUCAGUGCCGUUUGUGUUUGUCUGCAACACUGAUGACCCCAGGCACUGUCACUAUGGCAACCCAGGCCUAUUUUAGGGGCCUACAUGUAGUUCCCAUACAGCCAGUUCACAUAGCCUCACUAACAUAGGAUCUUAUUGAGGGCUGAGCGCACAACCCAACUGCUAAUCUUCUGCAAAUAUACCUGAUGCUGUAUUUCCACCUCCAAUCAUAUCAUUCGGUAUUGUGGAAGCAACUUGUACUGUACUCCUCUUAUUGAUUAGCCUCUAUAGUUUGAUUAACAGUUGCUGCUUUGCUUUGUACUUACAUUUAGGUGAACUCUACAGAACAAUGCUGUUAAAAGGUUAAAUCAUGUAGUAGAUAAAAGAGACAUGCCUUUUAUGUUUUGUGAGAAGACAACAAAUCAUUGCAAUGGUGUCAAAAAAAAAAAAAAGAAAUCAACAGUCUAGCCUUUUACAGUGUUCUUUGUUUACAGUGGCCCUCAUGCUUUAAGCUUUAUAAAUAUUCUGGUGGGGGGGGGGGAGAGAUGUAUAUAUGGAUAGCAAUAAAAAUCAAGAUAAUCAACUA